AUGUACCGACCGAAUUUCUACGAAUCAACGUGCUUACGGUGCAGCGAAAUCGUUUAUCAGGUGGAUAGGGUCGGUCCGCUGAAAGAUUUUACUUUCUUCCACUCCGGAUGCUUCAAGUGCAAACGGUGUGGAACGAAGCUGACGCUCAAGACCUACUACAACAACCAGCACAAUCAGGAUGAUAAAGAGGUUUACUGCUGCUCACAUGUACCAAAAAGUGGUCCUGGCCAUUUCGAUCAAACAUCGGUCGGCAUCCGGCAAGCGCUGAACGUACCGAAAAGCACAAACUAUGUGAACGAACAAAUCCGGGGUCAUCGAAACGACAGCAUCGAUGGGCAACCGCGACUAGGGACACCAAAUGGGUACAAUAACGGUGGCCGAGAAGGGAACACACCACCGCAGAACGAUCCCGAUUACAAGUAUGGACGGUUCGAUGCCAGCGCACUGCACAUAGCGCAUGCCCUGAAGCAAACAGAAAUACAGAAAGCAUACGACAAGCCGCGCGAAAAGCCUAUCGAUUACUAUUUGGCCCGCGAUGAGCAAGCGAAGCUCGAAAUGAAACAUCGCAAAGAGGAAGAUGAUCUGUACAGAAAAUUUGCCCGCAAAAGGGAGGAGGAAGAUCGGCGGAUGCAAAGCGAGAUUCAGGAUGAAUGGGAAAGAGAACUGCAACGGUUAGCGCACAAGUUUGAGAAAGAACUGACCACCAGUAGACGAUCGCGCGAGGAUCAAAGCAUGCUCACCCUGAAGCACGAACAGCAGAAGGAAGAUCUGGAAAAGAACAUGACCAUCCGGAAGACGAAAAAGAAGGAAAGCCUCACGCGAAAGCUGCUCGAGCACGAGCGCUCCGAAACGGCGGCCCUGGUCGAUCGGCAGUCGAGCGAAAUGUUGGAGCUGAUCAGUGUGCGGCGCAGCGAAUACAUGCAGAGCGAAAGCAUAUUCCUGGACGAUGACAUCAACGAAACGGUGGUGGCCAUGGAGUAUCCGCUGGUCGCGCCCAAACCGGCCCCACCCGCCCUGAGCAAGUUCCAGGUGUACAACGAUCCGGUCGAGUUUCAGGACGUGGAUCAGAUCGCAAUCACCGUCGCGCAGGAGGAUCAGAAAACGUUCACCGAUCUGGUGCGGCAGCUUGUCGGUCGCUGUACGUCCGACAUCGAGAAAGCGCGUACCAUCUUCCGGUGGAUCACGGUGAAGAAUCUGAACACGAUGACGUUCGACGACAAUCUGCGCGGGGACACACCGAUGGGUCUGCUGCGGGGCAUUAAGUAUGGCACGGAGAGUUACCAUGUGCUGUUCAAGCGUCUGUGCAGCUAUGCGGGUCUGCACUGUGUCGUGAUCAAGGGUUACUCCAAGAGUGCCGGUUACCAACCGGGUGUGAAAUUCCAAGACUCCAGAUUCCGCAACUCGUGGAAUGCCGUGUACGUGGCCGGUGCGUGGCGAUUUGUGCAAUGCAACUGGGGAGCGCGACAUUUGGUCAACGCGAAGGAAGCGCCGAAGACGGGCAAGGGUAAAAACGAUAGCCUGCGGUACGAAUACGACGAUCACUACUUUUUGACCGAUCCGCGGGAAUUCAUCUACGAGUUCUUCCCGUUGCAAGACGAAUGGCAACUGCUGAAGCGACCGAUCACGCUGACGGAGUUUGAAAAUUUGCCGUUCGUACGGUCGCUGUUCUUCCGCUACGGGUUACACUUUGCCGAUGAUGGUUACGGGGCCGUUGUUUACACGGACGACACCGGUGCGGCCACCGUACGGAUAGCGAUGCCGUCCGAUAUGCAAGGAUGUUUGAUAUUCCACUACAACCUCAAAUUCUACGAUAGCGACGAGGAUUCGUUCGAUGGCGUAUCCCUGAAACGGUUCGUAAUGCAGUCCGUCAUCAGCAAUGUGGUAGCCUUCCGGGUGCAUGCACCAUGUUCCGGUGCGUUUCUGCUCGACAUAUUUGCCAACGCUGUUACACCUCAGGAGUAUUUAACUGGGGAACCGAUGAAGUUCAAAAGUGUGUGCAAAUUUAAGAUUUGCUGUGAAGAGCUGCAGACCGUUAUGGUACCUUUGCCGGAUUGUGCCAGUGGUGAAUGGGGACCAACGAAAGCGACCAGACUGUUCGGUCUUAUACCGAUUACGCAUCCGGAACCACUCAUCUUUGCCGGACGAUCGAUCGAGCUACAAUUCCGCAUGUCACGACCGCUCACGGACUUUAUGGCGACACUGCACAAAAACGGCAUCGAGGAAAAGAAACUUUCCAAAUAUGUUCAACAAUCGAUCAUUGACGAUAUGAUCACAUUCAACAUAAGCUUCCCCGAGGAAGGACAAUACGGGCUAGACAUUUACACCCGGGAGGUUGGGUCGGUAUCGCACAACAACAAUUCCUCCACCGAAAAGCAUCUACUCACGCACUGCUGCAAAUAUUUGAUCAACUCAUCCAAGCGGAACUAA